GUAGUCGGAGACAGGCUUGGGGCCUACUCCUUGCCACUGCUGCGCAUGCGCGAGUCCAAGGCGUCCUUGCGCUGCCAUUGCCUUUGAGGCCCUGCGUGAAGAAGGCUGAAGGAGCUGCAUAGGGCCAGGCAACGACGAGGAGAAGGACGCCAUGCAGACGUGGAGCAGGCUCUGCUGCGCCUUGGCCCAGAGAGGCCAUUUCAGCCGGAUACAUCAUGGCUUGCAAGGGAUUUCUGCAGUGCCUUUAAGAACAUAUGCUGACCAAGUUGAUGCUGAUAUAACUGUUAUUGGUUCUGGCCCAGGCGGUUAUGUUGCUGCUAUCAAAUCUGCUCAGCUUGGCUUUAAGACAGUCUGUGUGGAGAAGAAUGAAACAUUAGGUGGAACAUGUUUGAAUGUUGGAUGUAUACCUUCUAAGGCCUUGCUAAACAAUUCACACCUCUAUCAUCUGGCCCAUGGAAAAGACUUUGCUAGCAGGGGAAUUGAAAGUGAGUAUGCAUUACAUCUAUUCACAUUUCACACAUCUCACUAUUUUAGAGUAUUAAGGUCUUGUCUUAUACUGUUCUACCUUCAGAAGGUGGCAUAAAUUCCUAAAUGCAUG